AACCCCCCAAAAAAAAAAAAAAAUUAAAUAGCAGAAGGAGGAGCUUCCCAAUUACCCAAUGCUCCAAUGACCCCCAAAAUAAAAUAUUCAGAGAAAAGCUCGAAUCUGUAACUUCAGUAUUGCAAUUCUAGUUGCAAUUCGACAGAUCUGAAAAAAGCUCCAGCUUCCUCUCUCUCCCUCUCUCUCUCUAACUUUCUCUCACGUACGACGUAAAGGUGAAACAAAUAACAGCAGCUCGAUGACUCGCUGUCUCUCUUUUCAUCUACCACACUCUCUCUCUGCACCAUUAGAUCUCACACUCACUCUCUCAUUCUCUCUCGCCCUUCCACUGCAUACAAUUUGCUGAAGAAUCAGAGAGAUAUGGUGUGAGAGGCAUAGAGGAAUUGGCCGGGGAGCGAUGAUGAACAGGAAUGUGAGGGAAUCUCUGGCCGGAGGGAGGAAUUUUCCAAUGGGGUCGCAGCACCGGCGCGGUCAGAGCUUACACUUGGCGGCCAAGGACUCCGACGAUGGCGGCUUGGAUCUCUUCUCGAAGAACCGCCGCACUCUCUCUGUAACAUCCUCCGACGAGUCUUCCGACGUUUCGGUGAAAUUAGGGAGGCUGUCAGUUGGAUCGGCCAAGGUGGGAAGAACUGGCAUUGAUGAUCUGUUGUCAUCUACAGAUGGCGGAAAGCACGAUUACGACUGGCUUCUCACUCCUCCUGAAACUCCGCUUUUUCCUUCGUCAGAUGGAAGUGAAUCUCAACAGACCUUAGCUCCUCCAAGAAAAAGUUUAAGUAGACCCAGUUCUGCAGCUAGGCCUUCAAGGCUUUCAGUUUCGCAAUCCGAGAGUAACCAUUCGUCCAGACCUGCUAGAAGCAGUUCGGUGACUCGCUCUGCGACCUCUGCCUCAGUAUACAACAACUAUUCCUCCAACAGAUCCUCGAAUAUCCUUAACACGAGCUCAGCUUCAGUCUCGUCUUACACCAGACCCUCCUCCCCCAUUACCCGCUCUCCGUCUAUAGCAAGACCUUCCACUCCAACCUCUCGCCCAUCGCUGUCACGAACCACAACUCCUUCUAGAACCCGUACAGUUUCGACCACUUCUUCCGUUGAGAAACCUCGACCAAUGCAAAGCUCAUCAAGGCCCUCAACUCCGAGUAGUUCCAGGCCACAAAUUCCUGCAAACUUGAUUUCACAUGGUUCACGACCAAACUCUCGUCCAUCUACUCCCACUCGCCGGAGUUCGUUGCCUUCCUUGUCUCGAGCAUCAAGUCCUUCACCUUCAGCUGGUCGUGGUGUUCUGUCAAAUGGGCGCAGUUCAGCACCCUCAUCCCGACCAAGCUCCCCUAGUCCACGGGUCCGUCCCCCACCACAGCCAAUCGUUCCUCCUGAUUUUCCUCUUGACACACCACCAAACCUUAGAACAACAUUACCAGACAGGCCAAUAUCUGCUGGUAGGUCCCGUCCAGGUGCUGCUUCCACAAUGAAGGGGAAACCAGAACCCCCAGCUGCCACGAUUGUGCCAAGAAGACAGUCAUCACCCAUUGUCUCAAGGGGAAGACUCACAGAGUCCCCUUCCAGGGGACGUGUACAUUCCAAUGGACGCCUUCCUGAUGUUCAUGAGCCUCCUCGGAAGUCUACACAUAUCCCUGAUCUGGGUAUGCGGAAGCCUGUGAAGACUUCAACACCACCUGCAGACAGCACUGGAUUUGGGAGGUCUAUCUCAAAGAAAUCCCUCGACAUGGCAAUCCGACAUAUGGAUAUAAGAAAUGGAUCAGCAAAUGCUCGUCAGCUUUCAGGCAGCACCCUCUUUCCUCAGAGCAUUCGAUCAUCCACUUCCACUCCCAAUGCCCAGUCUGCACGCCCAUUGAGCACUCCAGUAUCUGCCCGCAUUAACGGAAGCCACCAAACCAACGGUAACGGAUUCACCUCAGAGAAUGGACACAUAAUUAAUAGGCUUUUAGAAAACGGGAGUGAAGUAGACAGCGGACGAUACUCUGCAAAACUGAGUGAAGUGGACAUCUAUGAGAGCUCGCGUUAUGAUGCCAUAUUGCUGAAAGAAGACUUGAAGAACACGAACUGGCUGCACAGUGUGGAUGAUAAACUCGAUCAAGGACCGAUCUUUGAUAGUGGAUUCGAGCAUCUGCCUGAACCCUACGGGCUCUUGUAACACAUGACUUGAGCAAGUGGUGUUAAUUAUUUUUUUUCUUCUUGUUUUAAGUUAUAUGGUUUCUUAAUAUGGGAUGAAUCCUCUGUAAAACAAAAGCAUGAAGAGCCAUUUACUUGCUUUUUGCAGUGAAAUCAAUGCAUUUUAUUAUUGUUGGUCUUCAA